UCCCGGUGCAGUAAGCGUUAAGGGGAGGAGGGGAAUGACGCGGUUUGCGUCUAGAGCAGCUCCUUGGAGUCCACAGCAUCCACAGCCUGAGCCUCGCCUUCCUUUCUCCCUCUGCAGACACACCGAGACACAAAAGCCAGUGCGAGAGACCCAACAGCAUCAUGACCGAAACCACCAAGACCCACGUUAUUCUUUUGGCUUGUGGCAGCUUCAAUCCUAUCACCAAGGGGCACAUUCAGAUGUUCGAAAGAGCCAGGGAUUAUCUGCACAAGACUGGAAGGUUUAUUGUGAUCGGUGGAAUUGUUUCUCCUGUCCAUGACUCCUAUGGAAAACAGGGUCUGGUAUCCAGCAGGCAUCGUCUGAUCAUGUGCCAACUGGCUGUCCAGUCUUCUGACUGGAUCAGGGUGGACCCCUGGGAGUGUUAUCAGGACACGUGGCAGACCACAUGUAGUGUGUUGGAACACCACCGUGACCUCAUGAAGAGAGUGACUGGUUGCAUUCUUUCCAAUGUCAACACACCUUCCAUGACCCCGGUAAUUGGACAGCCACAACAUGAGACAUCCCAGCCCAUUUAUCAGAACAACAAUGUGCCCACUAAGCCCACUGCAGCAAAGAUCUUGGGGAAGGUGGGAGAAAGCCUGAGCCGAAUUUGUUGUGUCCGUCCACCCGUGGAACGUUUCACUUUUGUUGAUGAGAAUGCCAAUCUAGGAACAGUCAUGCGGUAUGAAGAAAUUGAGCUCCGCAUCUUGCUGCUGUGCGGCAGUGACCUUCUGGAAUCCUUCUGCAUCCCUGGGCUCUGGAAUGAGGCCGACAUGGAGGUGAUUGUUGGUGAUUUUGGAAUUGUGGUGGUACCUCGGGAUGCUGCAGACACAGACCAAAUCAUGAGCCAUUCCUCAAUACUCCGCAAGUACAAGAACAACAUCCUGGUGGUAAAAGAUGACAUCAACCAUCCCAUGUCCAUUGUCAGUUCCACCAAGAGCAGACUGGCCCUGCAGCAUGGGGAUGGACACGUGGUGGAUUACCUCACCCAGCCCGUCAUUGACUACAUUCUCAAGAGCCAGCUCUAUAUCAAUGCCUCUGGAUAGGCACCACUGUUCCUGCCUCCCAUGCCCCCUUAUGCCCCAACCCUGUCACUCUGCAGCGAUACAGCCCUUGCGCUUUUACUCUCCUCCUGUUUUUCAUGGCUCUUCUCCUGGUUUGUUUGUCUGUCCAUCUAUUUCUCUCUCCUCUCUGUCUUUCUCUCACUGUCUCCCAUAUCGGUCUGUCCUCCUCACUUGCUGACUGUAAUACUCUAUAAGACGGGGCUGUCCCAAGAAACAUGGUACUUGGUACAUAGAACCCCUUUCUAUAGUCAUCUUUGGACAGUCUUUCUGCUCAUUCCCUGCGUUGGGGGUAGACCAUGGUUGGGGAGGGGAAAGUGCAGCCCAAAGAGGUAUAUUGAUGUCCGUUUCCCAGCAUGCUCUAGGGAGGCGGCUCUGGUGCCCACCUUCCCAGCAUGCUCUAGGGUGGUGGCUCUGGCACUCACCCUCCUGGCAUGCCCUUUAUCACAAAGGGCCGGCCUUUUGUGUGUUUUUUCCGCCCACUUCUCAUAGACCUUGGAUGAAAUUAGUGUCUAUGGUUCUUUUUGUUUAAUCUCCACACACAUUCCUUUGGCAUCCCUUCUGUUUUGAUGUGCUACUGCAUUCUGCCUCGGCUCUCAUUCUUGGGGGAGCCCAGCCCUUGAGGGACACCCCCCAAAUAUGAACCUCAAACAAUGAGGUGGAACACUCUUUUUUUGGCCAAGAGUGAACCACUUGGGUUUUGAAGUCCCAGGAGACAGAAAAUUUCUACAGUUGUUAAGUCUGGGAAUGAGUUUUUCCCAGGACUUUGAACCUAUUUCUUCAGGUUUGGGUUUUUAGGAGAUAGUUUUCCUGCUCCAAAACUAAAUAAUGGUGUAACCUCUAGUUUAAACAAAGCCAGUCCUUACACAUUUCAGAAGGCCCAACCAUAGAGCAUUUGGGUUAUCAUUGAACUAGAACUAAUGGGAAGGGUGGGGACUGUCAGUCAAAGUGUUUGUAGAGUACCCACUUCCUUUGGCUCAUUGUACUAAGCCCUUCUACACCAAACUUAGGCACAUACCUGGGUCACUUGUGCCAGGUGAAAUCCUAAUAAUGCAGCAAUUUCUAAAAUAAAUAAGCUAAGUGGUCAUCCAGUCUUGGAUAUCUUUGAGAAUCCGGUUUUUCUAUGGCCCAUGUCUGCUAAUGCUAUAAUCCUUCCCUUUGUGUACAAGAUACUCAGAUAAUGGUAGUGAAUCUGUAAGCUCAAUGAUGUGGGCAUCCCCUUCACUAGUGCAGAUCAUUACCCAUUCAUAUCAUUUCAUGAUCUUGGGAAAAAAAUCCUCCUGAUCACAGUGACCCCAAUGUACUAACUUAUCCUGGUUGGGAUAUCCAGGGUUAAACUUUUUUGUGGGGUAGAAGUAGUAUCCCAGUGUUUCUGUAAGGCUAGGAUAAGGACUUCUAGGGAAAUUAAGAAACAUCAGUUGUCAUCUGAUUAAAUCUGCCUUAAUAGGAACGUGUAUUCCCAUAAUAGGGCUCUCCAUGGGAGCACCAAGACUUCAGGAAACCCAUUUAGAUGCAUGGAUUCAAGUUGCCUCUUCCGUUUCCUCCCAUUUCCUCUCUACUGUUCACCCUUGAAGGGGCUCCAGGGACCGAGUACAGGCUUCCAAAGUGGUGUAGUCUGCCCAGGGAGCCAGGAUGGGUGGUUACCAGUGACUGUCCAUGCCUCUCACUUGAUUUCCUAUCUUGGGCAAUUCCAAUUGACUUUGAAGAAGUCAAAGUCAUUGUCUUAGAACAAUGGAGCCUUUUAAUUAGAAUUCCAUGGCAGUGACAGCUCUUGUGAGUGUGAGAGAGAGUGAAAUCCAAGACCAAUUAGUCUGCCAACCCAUACGUCUUCUUGGGCAUCAACUUUCACAUUCAUGACUAUACUUAAGAUUUCAGGCCAGUUUUCUUCCAGGACAUAGGUUUGGAGGGCAGGGGGGCGGGGGGGGGGGACGUGAAUUUAGUUGGACAAAGAAGCAAAGCUACAGAAGCUGAGAAAGAGAAAGUUUUGUCCUUUAUCCCACAAGUACAUUGGGGCACGACAGAAUUGUGAAGGUAGAAAGAACCUUAGAGAUGAUCUAAUCCACAUUAACCCUGAUUAAGCUCUAGUUUAUGAAAAGAUAACGACAGCAGCCAGUAAAUACUCAGAAGACAGAGUAGAAAGAGGUGCUACGUAGCUUGUGACAAGGUACUAUAUCCAAAAGUAAUGUAGAGCCACAAUGGAAACGAGGCUGGAUACCAGGGGAAUGAGGAGAUUCUAACCAGCAAGGAUUUCUUGAUUAUGAAUAGAUUAAGGGAAGAUGGUGAGGGCCUAUCAUUGGGAAUAAAAAGACUUAAGGCCUAGCUAUGUGCUAAGUGGGGGCAAUUCCACGAUGGAGUAGAUACCUUUUCUAUCUUUUAAGUUCCUAGGAUCAUAAGAAUCGAGCCAGAAAGGACUUCAAUGGUCAUAUUGUCAAAUUUCUUCAUCUUUCAGAUGAGGAAGCUCAGACCCAGGGAAUUUGAGUCAUUUGCCCACAGUCAUGAGAGAAGAAAGUAUGACCAGUGGGAUUUGAAACCAGGUCCAAUAUGACUUUUUAGACAGUGCUGCAGGUCUCAGGCAGAGCCCAAAUCCCAUUGGCCAUUCUCUCCUUUCAUUAAGGAGUUAUGGCGAUUCUGGGCUGGUUGGUAUAGAGGACACAUGAAGACAUGUUACAAAUGAAGAAGUAGAUCAAGUGGAGUUCUAGAAAAGAAAGGGUCAGGUCAUACCCAACUGUGGGAUGGAAGGAGGAGAGAGCAAGUUGAAGAGAACCCCCUUAGCCAUCACCAGAAGAAGUUUAUCAAAGAAAAAUGUGAAGCCCCCAUUAGUGUAGAACCACAACCUUCUCCCUAUCCCUUUCCUAGAUCCCAUUUUCAAGCUCCUUAUUCACUAAGAAUGAUAACAACAUUACUCUUGUCUCACAAUGGGACUUUGUUGAUAGGAUCCAGUCACAGUCAAUGCUAAGGAGAGGUUCUAGAGUCCUUGGUAAGGCCCUGACAGUAGAGAGAAUGACCACCAGGUCCCAUGAACCUGGUCCCUGCUACCAGUAAUCUUUCCUUCCUCAGCUUGCCUGGGGAACAGGACUCCUGCAGCGGGACCUGGAGACUGUACAAGGAAAGUAGGAGUUGAAAUGGCAACAUCACAGGGGGUGUACAGCCUCAUUUCCUGCCAACAAGCAGGAAAUUACCAUCAGAUAAGGCCACCUUCCUUCUUCCUUUCCUCCAAGAACGAAAGUAGCUGGUAGAGCAGAUGAGGACAAAACCACAUACCCCUCCUCACAAGAUAUUGCCUUAGGGAAUUUGUGCUGUUUAUUGGUACCUCAGUGUUCCUCAGGUAACCUCUGAGAUCUCACUGCUUACAUUGUUCAUGGGAGUCCAUUAGGGACAUGGAAAAGGUAUUUCUCUAUUUGUACAGUGCCUGAUAAUUCUGAGCUAGUCUCUUCUAGACAAG